UAAAGUAGUUGAGAGAAAAAAAAAAAGAAUGGAAGCGGAGGGAGGGAGUCGUCCAUAAUCAACAAAGCUAUUAAUUGCUUAAAGAUCUCUCUAGCUCGCUCUCUAUCGUGUCCCCUUCUCACCCAGACACAUAGAACUGUUAACCCUAAUCAUCUUCAUCGAUGGAGCAGCGGUAUCAGUAUCAGAAUAAUCCAUUCGAGAGACGCCCCAUCCUUAAACCAUCCAAGUCUUCUCCUGCUGUUAGGUGGAUCAAGGACUGGGUACCACAAGAUAUUGUUGCUACAGGUGCCAAGUGUUAUCUUCGCAAAUGGGUCACAGAGGAAACGGUGAAGAGACUAAAAGAAAAAGAGAAAGAGCCUACUACUGAUGUUUCAGACCUUGACCCCCCGGAACCCACUUCUGAGAUUUUGUUUCUCUGCAGUUACGAUGGUUGUGGCAAGAUUUUCUUCGAUGUUAGUGCCUUGAGAAAGCAUUCCCACAUCCAUGGUGAAAGGCAGUACGUUUGUGACUACCCUGGUUGUGAUAAAAAAUUUCUGGAUAGCUCGAAGUUGAAGAGACAUUGGCUCAUUCAUACUGGGGCUAGGGACUUUGUUUGCACUUAUCAAGGCUGUGGAAAGGCAUUCUCCCUGGAUUUUAACCUCAGAUCUCACAUGAAGACUCAUUCACAAGAAAACUAUCACAUCUGUCCCUACUCUGGGUGUGGAAAGAGAUAUGCUUAUGAAUACAAGCUCAAGAACCAUGUUGCUGCCUACCAUGAAAAGAAUGGUGCUGGAGAGACGCCUACAUUCACACCACCUGCAGAGAAAGCAUCAAGGACUCCCAGAACAUCUUCUGCCACGGUUUAUGGGUCAGCGUCUUUAGAACGUCCAUACGCAUGCCCUUACGAAGGGUGUGACAAGGAUUACAUACAUGAGUACAAGCUCAAACUCCACUUGAAGAGAGAGCAUUUACCUGAAGAGAACAACAACACACCGAACAAGCACGAUCUGGAAGAAGGGAGCGAUCAAGAUUUUUACAGGAAACUCGCUAGCAACGGGAAAAUCCAGAUGCAUAAACAGCAGAGCAGAGCUAAGCCGGACAUGAGGACACCACCUGCGAAAGCGUUAAAGAAAGGCUCAACCUCUUCACCGGCGAAAGCAAGGAUGGACAAAAAACCAUUGCAAGAAAAAGAAACGUGUGAAGGAGAAGAUAGCGAGGAGACGGAGGAAGAUAGAGAGAAUGUGGAUGAUGGGUGGAGGUUUGUGGGAAACAAUGAGGAGGAAGAUGACGAUGAAGAGACUGAAGAUGAAAACUAAAAGGCUCUACUUCGUCUACAACUUUAGUAGCUGUGUUUCUCAAUUCCUGUUUUUUUGGUUUCUCUCUUUCGACACACUUUCUAGUUUUAAAAGUUCUGUACAUUGUUCUCAUGACAUUUUUAAGAAUAUGUUCUUAGAAUAACUUUUUUUUUUUUGGACAA